CAUAUAACGAUUUUUCAAAAUGAAGCGCUAUAUGGAAAGUGGUUGAAAUAGUCAAUCAAACCAUUUCAACAGCGUUCAUCUUUGGAUUAAAGCACGUUAGUGUUCCAAUUUUCAUCCAAUACAGUAAAAUGCAGGUUGAACUUAAAUUACAUGGACCAACAUUAGAUGGACAUAUGGACAGACAGGUUUAGACUGGGAAAAUGAUGUUGAAUUGAUCGGUAUAACAAUCAGUUGAUCUAUCUUAGAAGCAACUGAGUGUUACAUAUUUCCGCACAAACUUGAUACACCUUGUCUCACAAGUGGUGUGGGGUAUAAAGAGUCAAAUUGACUCGCUCCGGCAACCUAGUGUCAAAGUAGGUUAGGCUAUCAUUCGGUUAGUGUACCAAUUUUUAUCCAACUAUCUUAAAAAUUAUAAUAAAAUGCAGAUUGAACUCAAAUUACAUGGACCAACAUCAGACGGACAGAUGGACUGACAGGUUUAGACUGAGAAAAUGAUGUUGAAUUGCGAUUGGUCUACCUUAGAAACACCUACGUGUUACAUACUUCUGCACAAACUUGUUACAUCUUGUGUCACAAGACUCAAAUUGACUCGCUUCGGCAACCUAAUGUCCAAGUAGGUUGGGCUAUCAUUCUUUAACCGCUUUUAUCUUAAACAAAUUUGUAAUGCAUAUAAUUAAUUACUUACCAAUAAUAGAUUUGGAAAAAUAUUUACCAGAAUCUAAAGUUCAGGCACUUUCCAUGUCAAAAAAAAAACUGGAAAAGUUAAUCACUUUCAUUAGGAGUUGAACGGAAAUUUGCAGAGCCUGGCCUUGAUAUCCUCGAACGAUUUCCCCUAGAUCUUAGGAUAUUUAAAAAACUUAUUACAACUGAUCGGCCAAAAGCAUUUAUAUCAGAAAAACUUAAUAUAUUUUGAAAGACUGAAUAACACGAUGCUGUCGGGACACUAAUGAACAACGUGAAAGAAAAUCAAUUUACGUUGUGUCACAUUAAUGUGUCAUCUUCGCACUUGACUUUAUUUAGAGGAUAAUAAAUAUUUGAACAAAAAAAGAAUAAACAAACGCACCCAAGAGAUAUCAGCGAAUGAAUGUAUGUAAAGUACACAAUGAUCUUAGCACGGACUCAUUGAAUGUACUUUUAAGCAAAUUUUUAGUUUUACAUAUAUACUCUUGCCUCCCGAAAGCUCUUCUUUUACAAUGUUAGCUAUUUAUGUAUUCAACGUAGGAUGCAAACGUUAACAUUCACAAAGGCAUGAUCCAUAAAAAAUAUGAAAAUAAUAAUAAAUCAAUAUCGGGAAUGUUAACAGUAAAAGCAAUGAACCGAUCAACUCUGACCUCGAAAGGUCGUUGCAAAUGAAAAGAAGGAAAACAAAAUACAUAUACAUAAUUAAAUAACUAUUUGAGUUAUGUUGUAGCAUAUUAAUGUAAAAUAAUUUUAUUAAAAUUAGCGUAAAUGUAGCGUAACUAGUAAUGAAACUUUGUCACGUACUCCAGCUACCAUAUCCAUAGAGAGAGAUAGAGAGAGAGAGAGAGAGAGAGAGAGAGAGAAUUGAAAUUGAAACGGAAAACAAUCAUAAGAAGCGUAAAAUCCAUGAUAAAAAAAAAAAAAAUUCACAAAUGUUGUUUUUUCAUAUUACAUUUGUAUUACGUAUCCGAUACUAAAGCAUAAAUUUAAAAUUCAUCAAAGAUCAAGGUGAUGGCAAAAGUUUUAUGUUAACGAACUUCCCAUUCAGAGUAUAUAAGAAUCGUUGAUAACGAUUUAUAAAUCAUAAACUUAUUAAGCGAAUAUAAGAAAACUUCUUCUAAUUAUCGAAUCGCGAUUUCUCGAAAUUCUUUAAAUAAAUCCUCUUCGAUAAAAAAAACAAAGAAAAAAAUGGUUAAAAUUGCGAUAUUUUUAACUUUAACUUUGACUAUCUACAUUGGUGCGGAGCCGAUAAGACAGCGUUCGUUUAGCAGGAAUGCAAAACAAAUUCAAGUUACUCCUGCACCGGCUGGGUAUCCAGCAGCUGGCGUCACUCCGGAAAUACCAUUCGAAUUGCCAACGGAAACGAAGAGACCAGAUACAGUUUACGGACCCCCGCAAUCCGAGCAACCUGAUGCUGUCUAUGGACCACCGUUAACGGGAUCGGAAAGUCAGCACACGCCUGACGCAGUAUACGGUCCUCCAGGUACCUUAAAUCAAAAUCCAAACAUUUUAUAUACUGCUCCUGAUACGGAAAUUGCCGAAGAGACUUUCGAAAUUGAACCAUCCGAAGAUGAAUUAGAAAUUGUCGACGAGGAUAACGAAGAGGUUCUCGUUUCUCUAAACGAUGAUGGUUCAGUAGUAGCUGUUUCCUCGUCACUUGAUCAAAAUAAUGCCAUUAAUCAGCAACCGGCUCGUUUAGUGUAUCAACGUUUUCCGCCGAGGCGCCAACCAGCCACACCUGUUCCGGAACGUCUUACGCAAUCUAAAAUCGUUAAACCUGUAAAUUUUGUUUACACUGCUAGAUAUCAAAGUUUUUAG